GCUUUAAAAGGUCGUCGAUUCUCGUUGCCCUUCCCUCCUACCCAUGCAUCGUAUCUUCCAUUCACAAAAGUUCAAAAUGUCACUUUUAUUCUCUCCCAUCCAAGUCGGCGAUAUGCAGCUGAAGCACCGUGUCGUCAUGGGGCCGAUGACGAGGUCCAGAUCGCCUGGAGAAGUUGCCAAUGACUUGAAUGCAGAGUACUACGCACAGCGGGCCACUGACGGCGGGCUCAUCAUUAGCGAAGGAACCAGCUGCUCUGUUACGGCAAAAGGAUAUGAACAUGUCCCUGCUUGUCUUACGGAAGAACAAGCCAAGGGAUGGAAGAAAUCCACGGAUGCCGUUCAUGCAAAGGGUGGAUACAUUUACGCGCAACUCUGGCACGUUGGGAGGGCAUCCACAGCGAAACUGCAACCAGACAACAAACCUCCUGUCUCAGCGUCUGAUCUCCCCACAAAGGGAAAGGACAAGCCCCGCUCAUUGACGGUUGAGGAAAUCAAGUUCAUUGUCUCUGAAUAUAAGCUCAGCACUCGCCGUGCCCGUGAGGCCAACUUUGACGGUAUUGAGAUUCACGCUGCCCAUGGCUACUUGAUCGAUCAGUUCCUCCAAACUUCAUCCAACAAGCGUACCGAUCAAUACGGCGGAUCCAUUGAAAAUCGGGCGCGGUUCCUUUUUGAAGUCCUUGAAGCUUGCUUGUCUGAGCUCCCUGCAUCAAAGGUUGCUAUCCGGUUGUCACCCUACAUGAAUGGACAGGACGUGAGCGACGAGAACCCGAAGGCGCUUUUUACAUACGUUAUCUCCCGAUUGGCCAAAUACAAGUUGUCAUACGUCCAACUUACAGAACCCGUGUGGGGAGCAUGGAAACCUGGUCCUCCCCACUCCCAAUCCAAACUCAACGAAUUCGCUGGUCUCCUUCAAUCCCCCACCAAGCUCAUCCUUACCGGCGGUUACACACUUGAGACCGCUGAACAGGCCCUUCAAGAAGGUCGAGGGGAUUUGAUCGGUUUCGCCCGUCCCUUCAUUACCAAUCCCGAUUUCGUGGACCGAUUGCGCAAUGCUUAUGAAUUGACUCCUUACCAGGAUUUUAAAAAGUACUAUGGUGGCGGUGCGGAGCAGUACACCGAUUGGGAGGACUAUGUGACUUUGGAGGCCAAGAGGAAGAAGGAAAAGAGUGGGCAGGAGCAGGCUGGUGCUGGUGCAUCGCAUCUAUAGGCGAUCGUAGAGCUACUUAGAGAAAUCUGAUGAUAUGUUUCCAAUGAUAUUUUUUAUAUAUUUGAAACCUGCACACAGCAUAAUAUUUUACGAAGUAGUUCAAUCCACA